CUCCUCUUGUCCCUCCCACACUCCGUCGCCGUCUCCGCUCGCCACCAUCCCACCUCGAGCAUGUCAUGCUUGCAGCCCAUGACAUAGCAGCAGUCCUGCCCUACGCUUUCGCCGCCGCCAUCGCACUCGUCGUCAGCCUCCUCGCAAAGCUGAACAGCAUGGGCCUGUUUUCGGCGCCUCUCGCCCUCGCCUCCCCCUCCUCCCCCUCCUCCUCCUCCCGCCAUGCACCCCGCCCCAAGCCCGCCCACGACCCCGGCGACCGCUACCCCGGCAUGGUCAAUCUCUCCGGCACGCUGUGCUACAUGAACUCGGUGCUGCAGGCCUUCGCCUCCCUCCCGACCCUCACAGCGUACCUCGGCCGCGUCAUCCGCGCCGCCGAGUCCGUCGACCUCCCCACGCCCGUCAGCGAUGCGUUAUACGACGUCCUCGCAGACCUGAACACGGGCCAUGCGCGGCAUCCCGCCGCGCUGCGGCCACACGUCCUCCUCGCCGCGCUCUCGCCGCUGCCCCAAAUCCGCCGCCUGCUCGCCACACGCGAACAGCAGGACGCGCACGAGCUCUACGUCGUCCUGGCCGAAGCUGUGUCCGACGAAGCUGCGAAAGUAGCCAAGGAAGUCGCACGCGUCCGCGGCGGUCUCAGUGUCGCUCUCGAGCUCCGCCCCAACUCCCUCCCCGCCUCCGCCUCCACAUCCCGCGCAACAACGCCAUUACCAAGCGCCGCACCUUCCAUCCCGCCCCGCCCAUACCCGCCACCACGGCGCAACGACGCCCUCCUCGUGCCAUGGGAAGGGCUGUUAGCGCGGCGGCGGAUCUGCGCGCGGUGCGGCUACUCGGACGUGGUGCGCAUGGACACGCUAGGCGGCAUGGAGCUGUCCGUCCCGCGCUCCGGCCACGUGACGCUCGACGAAUGCAUAUCCGAGUAUCUCGCGCCGGAGCGCCUCUCCGACGUCACCUGCGACAUGUGUACGACGCGCGCCACGGCCGCAAAGUACGCGGAGCGCGCGCAGCGCCUCGAGGGCAAGAAGAGCCGCGCGCACGCGGCCAAAGUCGCGGCGCGCUUGCGCGCCAUGGUCGACGCCGGCGUGGUCGGCACCGAAGGCGGUGCGCCGAAGGAUGUCAAGUGGGACGUCGUGCGCACCGACUGCGUGCGCGAGACGGCGGUGACGCGCGCGCCGGCGACGCUGCGCUUCCACUUCGUGCGCUCAGAGUACACGCCCUACGGCCAGCUGCUGAAGAAGACGGCGCGCGUCGCAUAUCCCCUCAUGUUCGAUCUCGGGCCGCACAUGGCCCGCGGCGUGUGGGAGCCCAAGGCCGUGGUGGGCGGCGUGGCGGCUGCGCUCGCCGCCGGCGGCGGAGCUAGCUCGAGGGAAAUUGGCGAGGCGCCGCGCGCGCUGUAUCGUCUCCAAUCGGCGAUUCUGCACAAGGGAUACGCGCAUAGCUCGGGCCAUUUCGUCGCGAUCCGGCGCAAGCCGGGGGGCGCGGCCGGCGUGCCGGGCCGCGGGUGGCUGCGGAUCUCGGAUGCCGACGUGGACGAGGUCGGCACCGAGGAGCUGGCGGCGACGGCGGAGCAGGUCGUCAUGCUAUUCUACGAGCGCGUGGAUUUGGGGCAAGGGUCCGAGAGGGCUGAGAGCUCGGAGCGCGAGAGCGAUAGCGAGGAGCGGAUGGAGCUCGCGCCGCUCAAGGCGAAUGGAGGGGAUGUGGACGACGUCGCGGACGCGGAUGAGGACAGGGACGGCGCGCAGACACGGCCCGAGAGGUAUCUCGACAUGCCGUCGUUUGCGGGGCUGGGGACGCCGUUGGUCGGAUUAGGGCCCAUGAGUGUGGGCAUCCACAUGCGCAAGUAGGCAUGCAUGAUCUUCACGGCAUGAUCUAGCUGGCUGGCUUGGCGUGGCACUCCCCAGUGCACACCAAGGAGGCGCCAAAGAUAUCCAACCAGGCCUCAGUCAAUGGAGCAGAGUGCCACACUCGGCGCUGCUUCUGUGACUCUCUCGACUGAUCUACAGAACGGC